GCGGGGCCGGGCAUGGUAACGGCUGGAAAGCACAGGAGGCUGGACCGGAGGGAGGCGGAGGAACCGGUGUCCGCCGCCGCCGCCGCUGCUCCAGCCUAUUCCUUGUGGCCACUGUGGGUCCUGCCUCAGCCAUGAUGAUCCACGGCUUCCAGAGUAGCCACCGGGAUUUCUGCUUCGGGCCCUGGAAGCUGACGGCGUCCAAGACCCACAUCAUGAAGUCGGCGGAUGUGGAGAAAUUAGCCGAUGAAUUACAUAUGCCAUCUCUCCCUGAAAUGAUGUUUGGAGACAACGUUUUAAGAAUCCAGCAUGGCUCUGGCUUUGGAAUUGAGUUCAAUGCUACAGAUGCAUUAAGAUGUGUAAACAACUACCAGGGAAUGCUUAAAGUAGCCUGUGCUGAAGAGUGGCAAGAAAGCAGGACGGAGGGUGAACACUCCAAAGAGGUUAUUAAACCAUACGAUUGGACCUAUACAACAGAUUAUAAGGGAACCUUACUUGGAGAAUCUCUUAAGUUAAAGGUUGUACCUACAACAGAUCAUAUAGAUACAGAAAAAUUGAAAGCAAGAGAACAGAUUAAGUUUUUUGAAGAAGUUCUCCUUUUUGAGGAUGAACUUCAUGAUCAUGGAGUUUCAAGCCUGAGUGUGAAGAUUAGAGUAAUGCCUUCUAGCUUUUUCCUGCUAUUGAGGUUUUUCUUGAGAAUUGAUGGAGUACUUAUUAGAAUGAAUGACACGAGACUUUACCAUGAGGCUGACAAGACCUACAUGUUACGAGAAUAUACAUCACGAGAAAGCAAAAUUUCUAAUUUGAUGCAUGUUUCACCUUCCCUCUUCACGGAACCUAAUGAAAUAUCCCAGUAUUUACCAAUAAAGGAAGCAGUUUGUGAGAAGCUAAUAUUUCCAGAAAGAAUUGAUUCUAACCCAGCAGACUCAAAAGAAAGUACACAAUUGGAAUAGAUAAUAUGCUCACUGUAGAAUCUGACUGGACACCUUGACUAUUUCUGGUAAAAGAUGGGCAGAACGAGUAUGCCUCUGAAAAUUUUAUUGGUUUAUUCUUGUGGAGAAUACCGAGAAAAUGUGUAUUUGCCCAUUGCUAAAUAUGAAAUAUGCCAUUUUAUAUUUAUUUGUCCCAAGUGUCUUUUUGUAAGAGGAGAAUAAACAAGGAGUUACUGAU